AGAAUCAUGUGAAGUUGGGACUCAUCUCGGAUUUUGCUAUUCUUGGAAUGAGCAUUUGCAAGAGAUGUGGCUUCGUUUCUCCGUAUUAUUGGAGUUUCGAAGGUCGAAGGUAUCACUUGGCUUCCUCGAGACAUUCAUCUCUUUACGGAAGCAGUAUUAUUCGAAAACAACUUUUUAGAGUUAAACUAUCUGUUAGCACUUUUCGUGGCAAACUGAGUUGCACUAUAGAAAGCUUGAAGCCCACUCAAGUUCCUUUGAAAUAUAUUCCUGUAGUUGACGAAUUUCAAAAAGCUAUUUUGAAAGUUUUCAGAGAUAGUAGUUCAGAGUCACUUGAACAACUCCUUGCAGAAGACUGUGUUUGGAAGAAUUGCAUAAAGACAGUAAAGGGAAAACACGAAAUUAUUGAUGUAUUUACAAGAUUGGUAUCGUUUUUUGUUGAACCUUCAAUAUAUCUAGCUGAGACUUGGGACGAAAAGCUGAAACUUUCCAGUGAGGCCAACUUGACAGCUGUUCUGCAGUGGACGAUUUCCGCCACUUGGCCCAUUUUUUGGAAGCCAGUUGCUGUAUAUUCUGGCUAUUCUUUAUUAUUGUGCAACCAGCAAGGCCUUGUCACAUAUAUCGAAGAUUUUCCAAGUAAUCCACCAUGGAAAAUUCUUUGGAAUGUGUUGUAUUCUAUUCGGUAUAUAUAUUUUGCAGUUGUAGCUGAUCCUCCAGAAAGUGUUUGCAGUAAUAGAAAGUUAAUCCAAUGGAAUGGAAGAUAUACAUUAUGGGAAGAAGUCUCACAUAUUAGAUGGGAGUACACUAGUAACGAGAUAGAAUCCUUGGAGGGUGUAUUUUCUUGUUUACCUGUUCUUCCAGCUGAAAUAUUUACCGAUAAGUUUACUCGCAAUGAGACCAUACUUUGGACCACGCCUCUUUUCUUCCGCAUUGAUGUUGAUUCGUCGCCUAAAGAGAUGACCUGGAGUUUUCCUUAUCCCAUUCGCUUCGCAAUGAGUCACUCUGAUAUGCAACCUGGUGUGAAAAGGAGACAAAUAGCUGCUGGGAGGAGAGUUGCUUCCAAAGCAUGGUUCGGGGAUAUUACUAGAAAUCAAUUAUACAACCUUGUUGAAGAUUUCGUUAAAUGUUUGAAAAUGGAUGGUUUAUUAAAUGAAUCACGUUCGACGAACCAUUUAGAAAUUUGGUGGGAAAGUCCAAAUUGUUAUUUAGGUUUUAAUCGUUCUGGUCAACUCACUUUGGCCAUGUAUCGAACUGGAAGCUAUAACCAUUUUGUCAAAAUGCAGCCUUUGCAAAGUCGUGUUCUUCAGACCAUCGAAGCGCACUCUUCCCGAGUAGAAAAUUCCUUGCGAGAAGAAAGAAGACAGUUGGAAAGUGACCAAAUGGUGGAAGGUUCCGUUUUGUUUUACGAGAAACGUGAGACUUCUGAUAUUGUUUUGUCCGAAGCAAGAAAAGUACUUGCCGCGUUGAGAAGAAACCCACGUUUCGCCCAACCUGGUGUGGCUGAUCUUUCCAAUGGUUCAGUUUAUUUAUUAGGUUCUACUUUUGGAGGAGUUAACAAAAGUGGGGACGAAACUCGAUUGGUAAAAAAUAUAAAACUCUUGAGGAACGCUUUCGCAAGUGAGUCUUGGCCAAAGGAUCCAAGAAGUGUAUUUAAGCCUUUUGUCGACCUCUUGAGAACAGAGGACCUUCCAGGAAAUAUUAUUUCUACGGUUUUAUCGUCUUUGAGCAGAUUGAUUGUUUAUCGUGUUCCUACAGCACUUGUCAAACUAUCAGGGAACUUAUGUUGGGAGGAGGCAGCAAAGGCAGUCGAGGACAUCGUGGAGACUGUUUCAGCUUUGCGGUUUGGUGGCUUUGAUUCGAGUACGGAAGAAGUUAUGAUGAGUCGUAUUUGUGAGUUGAUGGCCCAUUGUGUGAAUAGCCCAGAAGGUGAAUACUUGUCUAAUGAGGCUUUGGUACACUGUAUCGAAACAUUUCUUCGGGUCUGUUCUCCAAGAGGAAAGAAACGCUCAGAAUGUUCACGAAAAGUUGCAGAGUCAUAUUUAAGAACCGUAAUCAGUCACAUAUUUUCAAGAGCUUCCUUUCUGGUUCACGAAAGCGCAUUGGAAUACAACAAUACGAGAGAAGCCAAGCCUUUAGAUACUUUUACAAAUGGCAACAAAGAGGAACAAACUUUAACAAAACAGAAUCGUAGUCCUACAGCUACGGAAGAAAGGUCGACAUAUAUCAAUCCUCCUCACAUGCGAUACAACUAUCGAUCGCUUGCCUGGUUUUUAUCUCUUGGUGCACGUAUGGUUGACCCAGUGAUAACUCAAAACAUUGAGGAACGCUUAAUUGGAUUGCAAUUGCUGGAAAUCGCUUUGCAUUCUGCUCCGAGAGGUUCCUUAGCCCAGAUGCCAUCUCUUAGGAGGAUUCUCUUGAGGGAUGUUUGUCGAGCAUUAUUGCGAUGUUUAGGAAUGUUGAAUGAUCCAUCAACAGUGAUAACCUCAUCAUUUAGUACAGUUCUUUGUCUGAUUAGUACCUUGGGUCCCUAUUCCACUCCUUUGGUUCAGAUGAUUCUUAUUCGUAUUGCACGCUCGUUUCUAUUCAAAGAAGAAAAUGAAGAAGGAAAUGGCUACAAUAAUGUUCAUCCAACAAUUAGUCCAGUGACCAGAGAGAUUGCUCUCGACUCUCUUGCCGCGUUGUUACAAAAACAAGGCUUUUUAUCUGCAGCUUAUGCAAUUUUAGACUGUCAAUUGAAUGAAUCAGACGCCGUUCAACCACUUUUAGAAGCACUUUCAGAAGAAACUGUUUUAACGGAGGAUGGCUUUUUGUCUGCAACUGGUUACAUCAGCUUUGAAAUAUUUUUAACUUGCAUGGACACUCUUGCAACUCGUUCCUUUGUUCCUGAUGACUCUGAUAUCGACCGUAUUUUUGGAUGGGUCCAUCGAGUUCCAGAUAUAUCUAUAGAGCAGAUGCGUGCAAAGAAAAGGUUAAAAAGGAGAAUUGACGAACUAGUGAAAGAAUUCAAUUCGGUCGGACCCUUCACAAGUGGGAUGCAGGUAAUCGAUCUUAUUCGUAAACGUGAUUUGCUUGCGCAAGUAUCAAUGUCGAGUUCUCCCAAAAGCUCGGCUAGUCCUCCAUCGUCUCCCAGUAGAUUCUCUCCAAGGUCUCCAAUACUUUCAAGCUUCCACGAUAUCGAUGGAAACAAGGCUGCUGCUGCUUUUUUGCGGUUUACUCCAGGACUCAACAAAACCACUAUUGGAGCAUGUUUGGGGGAACCAGAUGAAGUUUCCAUAAAAAUCUUGAAGAAUUAUGUUAGACUCUUUGAUUUCAAAAAUAGGCCUUUCACGACAAGUCUUCGUGUUUUCCUCGAAUCCUUUCGACUACCAGGAGAAGCACAGAAGAUUGACAGAAUCUUGCAAUCCUUUUCUGAACAUUUCUAUGAACAAAAUAAGAGCAGUACACCAUUCAACUCAGCAGAUGCGGCGCAUGUUUUGGCCUUUGCUUGUAUUAUGUUGAAUACUGAUCAACAUAAUUCUUCGAUAAAAAAGAAGAUGACUUUGGAAGAGUUUAUAUCCAACAGUCGUGGAAUCAAUGAUGGACAUGACCUUCCGAGAGAGUUCUUAAGAGAAGUUUAUGCAAAUAUUUCCAGUGUAGAGAUCAGAAUGAGUGAUGAAUCAGGUUUGCAUGCAUUGACAGAAGAUCAUUGGGAUGAACAGUUGAGAAAGAUGGGUAUUGAUCCGGAAAGUGGUGAAAGUAACAAUAUGUUGGCGUUUCCUUCACCUGCGAAAGCCAAGGAAUUUGAUGAAGAUGUCUUCUUGAUAGCUUGGAAGCCCAUGUUGACUGCAACUUGUAGGGCACUUGGAGCAGCGAAGGAUGGUGAUGAAGUCCAAUCUGCUAUCGAAGGCUUUUUAGGAAUUGCUCGCCUUGCAACAGUAUUUAGACAGUCUGAACCUGUUGACCAAGUCAUAAUUGGACUGUCUUCAGCAUCCAAACUUCGCCAAGGGGAUUUACGUCUUUGUUUUCUUUCGUUUGGCUUAAGUAUCAAUUGUCAAAUGGCAACCGUCGCAUUGUAUGGAAUCGCACGUCAGUGUGGGGAUUGCAUUCGAGAAAGUGGCUGGGAAGCUUUACUAACUUGCACGAUGAGAUUGCAUAUCUUGAAACUUCUUCCGUCGAACUUGGAACAUCUUUUAUUCAGUGAUGGAGAAGAACUCGUUGACUUGGAUGGAAAUCCAUUACCAGCAAGUAAUAUUAUUCCUUACUGGUGGCCAGGCUACUAUGAUUCCAGUCAUUCAGCAGCGUCAAAUGAAAGUCCUUGUCAACAUUCCAGCUCUGGCUCUUCACCCUUAUCAGGAAAUAAUACGAGUAAACUUUCAUCUGUACUUAGUGCCUUUGGUGGUUUGUUUGGCUUUGGAGGAGAUGAUUCCAGUGACGAAGAAAUGGAUGGGAGCAGUCUUCAAGUUCCUGAAUUUCUUGUUCGUACUUCCAAAGAAGAGAUGGAAGCAGAGAAACUUGGUAAGAAAUGUAUCGGAGACUGUAGAAUAGACGAAAUUUUUAUUAAUGAGAGUCGAUUUCUCCGGGCAGAAUCAAUCGUUGCAUUGAUGAAAGGAUUGGUCAGUAUCAGCAACCAACUGCUUGCACCUUGUAAUGAAAGUACUGUCUCUCGACAAUCUUGUGACAAAGAUGAUUCACAGAAUAAAACAACUGCCGAUAGCGGUAAAGUUGGUGACAGUGGAAACGGUAAUAUGAAGGACUGGGAAACCCUUAAGGUGGUUACAAAGGACGAGUUUGUUUCUCGACAGUGCGGAGUUUCAUUUUGUAUCGACUUGAUGCGUGAAAUAUUAUUAAGGAAUCGAGACCGUUUGUUUCUUCUCUGGCCUUAUUGCUAUGAAGUUGUAGAGAAAGUAUUGAAUCCUUUGACGGAACCGUGUCCUUCACUUGUAAGAGCUACUGUGACCCUUUUACGUAUCGUUAUUCGCUAUGGGCAUCGAGAGGAACUUUCCAUGGAGAUUUUUCGCUGCCUUAAUCUUUUCGUGAAGUUGGAAUCAAGAAGCUUUGAGUCUGUAUCGGAGCGUAUUGCUGCAGGCUUAUAUCAUAUUUGUCGAAUUCACGUUGCACAAAUCGAAUGUACUUCGAGUUGGCACACUCUCUUAUCUCUUUUGGAGAAUCUCGCACGAUGUUCUUCUCCAGCAAAUAUAUUUGGGUUUGAAACUAUCGCAUUUCUUUUAGAAUCAAAGGAGAAGCGGAUCAAUCAUGAAACAUUUGCUCCUUGGCUCGAUGCGAUUUUGGCUUAUACUGAAGCACCCAUUCCAAUUGCUGUGAGAGCAGUUGAAUGCCUUUAUAUUUUAGCUGGAUGUCUUCCGAGUAUCCUUAGUGAUUUCAAAGAUUCCUGCAACUAUGCAGAACCCUUUUGCACUGACGAUACUGGAGUGUCAGAUGUAACGUCAACAUUUGAUAACGUGAAAAGCAAAGCGUGGAAUGAGUUUUGGUCACCUUUGUUGAGUGCUUAUUGUUGUCUCUGCUUGGAUGACAGAUCAGAAGUUCGCAAUCAAGCAUUCCUUUCUUUUGAAAAAUUGGAACUGCUUGUUUUAUGAUCUUUUGUUGCCACUUUCUUGUGAUUUGGUUGUGCAAAGAAAAUUCAUUCAAAGUGU